AUGACGGAUGGGACAUUCGGCCGCAUAAGCGAAGAGCGGGAGGAGGAGCAGGCUUCUUUCGCGCCUCAACCUAAAUGGCUUGUGAUCCCAGUUGUCGCACAAUCAGCUUUUAUCCCGCUAAUGCUAUGUUGUAAUUUUCGAUCAGCACAUCGAACAUGGGGAAUAUUAAUUUAUAAUACAUGGGUCUAUAUUGCUCUUGUUAUUGCAAUGUCCACAUGUAGUGGUUAUUUCAGUGCUUUGGCCCUAAUGUAUACACCAAAACAGGUGGAAACAUCAAAAUCAACGAUCGCUGGAAUGAUUGCAGCUUUCUUUCUUAUAUUUGGUGUGAUAUGCGGUACAUUGCUUACUUUCGUCAUAUUAUGGUUUAUCGACAGCGUUGGACCACUUAAACCUAGAAAAUUAUGA